AAGGAAUCAGUUAUGCGUGGAUAUACAGUAGUCGUAAUAUUAUUAUAUAGAUAGGGUUGGAUUACAUUCUAGGUGUAGAUAUACUCGUUUGUAAAUACAAUAAUAAUAAUAAUGGGUAGAGAAAUAGUAUUAUUACACUUUGGUCAAGCUGGUGUACAAAUUGGUUCUACAUUAUGGGAAUUAUUCUGUCAUGAGCAUAAUUUAACAGCAAGUGGUAAACUUAUCAAUGAACUGAAAAAUGAAUUCAAUCAACUGGAUAAUAUUGAAUGUCUGUUCUAUGAAGGAAAGUAUUCCUAUACACCAAGAGCUUUAAUGAUUGACUUGGAACCGACUGUCAUUGAUGAAAUACGCUGUGGAGUUUAUCGACAACUCUGGAGACCCAAUUGUCUAAUCAGUGGUAAAGAAGAUGCAGCGAAUAAUUACGGUCGUGGGAAUCGUACAAUUGGACUGCAUAAACUGAAUGAUAUCAGUGAAGCGAUUAGAAAAUUACUUGAACAAACAGACAGCCUACUAGCCUUCGGUAUGAUCAAUUCACAUUCCGGUGGUACAGGAUCCGGGAUGACCAGUCUAAUUCUAGAUCAUAUCCAAGAUGAAUAUUCUAAAAUGUUUAAAUUCAAUACAGCAAUAUUUCCGUCUUCAGUAUAUUCACAAUCCACUGUGGAUCCGUAUAAUUCCCUGCUGUAUACACAUUCCACAACGGACACGUUGGAUUGUAGUGUUUUAUUGGAUAAUUACACCUUACAUGAAAGAUGUACAGAAAAUUUAAAUGUAAUAAAACCGCGCUUUACAGAAAUUAAUCAAUUAUUAGCUCACAUGAUUAGUUCAGUCUUUCUUUCGCAUAGAUUCAUUUAUUACGGUGUAUUACGCACAGAUGUUACUGAACUACUGACAAAUUUAAUACCUUAUCCAAGAAUACACUAUCCAUCACUCUUUUAUACAUCACAAUCAACUUACAAUUAUUAUCAAAAAGACUUUGAUAUAUACGAAUUAACUAAAUCCCUGUUUCAAUCAAACUCGAAGACUAUUGACUAUUCUUGUUUUAAUUAUCCAUUUAUAUCAUGCGCCAUGUUGUAUCGCGGGACAAGCAAUUCAAAACCAAUUUAUGAUACAAUUAAAUUAAUUCAAACAAACACACAACAGGAUAAAAAUAUCCAGUUUGUUGAUUGGUGUCCUAAAAACUUUAAAAUUGGUAUCAAUAAUUAUCUACCGAUAAAGACAGCGACAACAGUAAACUGGCAUUCAUCAUCAACAUCAUUCCCAUCAAAAUCCGUGUGUAUGCUGGCUAGUAAUCUUGGUAUAUAUGAAAUAUUUCAGAGAAACAGAACAAAUUUUAAUAAAUUAUAUCAGCGUAAAUGUUUUCUGCAUUGGUUUAUUAGUGAAGGUAUUGAAGAGCAUGAAUUCAUUGAAGCACGUGAUAGCAUUGAUAAUUUACAACAAGAUUAUAUUGAUUUGUUAUCAAACAAUUGGAAUAUUGAACAAUUGUUUAAAACAGACAGUGUUAGUGGUGUUGGUGGUAGUGUCGAAGUGAAAAAUAUUACCGAUAAAGACAAGUCUAAUGAGAAAAAAGCUAAAAUAACAAUUAUUGAUGGACAAAAACAAAAUAUUAUCAGACCAGUCGUUGAUUAUGCCAAAGAACAGUCGAAAAUCAUGGAUAAUCAGACAGAAAGUGUGUUCAGUCGGGAUCACCAUCGAACAACAGUUUGGAAUAGUGGUGAUACAUUAAUGGAGUACUAUAAUGAAAUAGUUUUACAGCCAAAGAAUUAUUGUUCAGGUGAUAUGAAACCAGCAGAGUUGACUAAUCGGAUACAUUUUGAUAAACAUGCUUCCAAUGAAGAAACUGAUUAUCAUUCAUAUAAAGACAUGAGACCAUAUUCUGUAUCGGGUAUGGGUGAUGAAUGUAAAAAGAUGACAUCAGCUGAUAAGUGUUCAGUCAACUUAUUGAUUAAUAAUAUUGAUUCAAACUUGAAUAAAAGUAACGAAUCAAUAGUAUGUUUAGGAGGUAGAAGUAGUAGCGGAAGUAAUAGUAGUUGUUCUCCAAUGAUGAAAAGUCAAAAUGAAGAAUUGGCUUGUUUGAGUGAGAAUUUUGUGCAAACUUUCCAUCUUUCUCAACAAGAUAAUGAUGUAGAGGACGGCAGUGUUCGAACUGCCAGUAGACAACAGUAUCAUGAACUGGAUCAGCAACCAGAGCAGAAAUAUUAUUGUGACUUCAGUGGUGACCAUGCCCAAAAUACCCGUCGUCGUCAUCAUCACCACCAUAAACGUAGGGAACACCGCCAAUGUGGUCAUCUUUAUCGUUGUGAACACUCCUGUAAUCCUAAUUUCUCACAUUCGCAUGGUAACGAUCAUAAGCACCGUCAACACAAGCAUCAUCACAACUGCAGACAUAGUCACAUUCCACGAGACAAGCAUAUUAGUAACCCUGAAAACCAAAUAUACUCAGAUCUGUCACAGAAUUCAUCAACUAACUCACAAAAGACAGUUUCGUCGUCUAUCACAUCUUCCUGCAAGUGUAAACAUAAGCGAAACAUUCAUAAAUGUAAUAGUAAAGACAGAACAAAUAAUCCUCAAGCUACAUCUAUUGCAGAGGUUUUCGAAAACGGUAAACAUACACCACUUGAAGUAAAAUAUAUCAAGAGUAGUCGUAAAGCAGUCAGUGAAACAAUCUGUUCAACUUUAUUAUUAACACAAUCAUCAACAAAUAUAGUUUCAAAACAAGUGGAUAAGUCAUUGAACACCUUGAGAGAUGCUGAAUCGAGACUAGAUUUACUGAAAACGAACAAUAUUAUUAUUGAUUAUAAUAAUGGUAGUACUGUCAGUGGUAGUUAUAACAACCAGGUGUUUUUUACUUCAGGAAGUACAAGUCAUACAACUGCAGCAGCUACGACAGUGACAGGAGUGACAACAGUAACUAGUAGUAACCAGAAUAUAUGCGAUAGUCAGGGGAAUUCUACGCAGUCACACUGUCGCCGACAUCGCCAAAGCUGUCAUAAUAACCAUCAUCGUCAAUAUAAGUAUCAAUGUAAGACUUGUAAAUAUUGCAGUGGUAGUAUUAGUCGACCGGUUACCAAUAACAGUGAAGAAGGCAAUCAGGAUUGCCUGAUAUCCCAUGAAGAAUCCAAGACAAGCGGUCAACAAUGCUACUCACAGUUAAACCAUCAUCCAUGCAAUCAGUAUAAACAAGAAGAACAGAGAUCAGAAUUUCAAAAUGACAACUAUUUCUCUCGGAGUCAUCCAAGAAGUGAUUUGUCCAUGUCACCGAUGAAUAAUUUCUCAGUUUAUGAGGUCACCUUAUCCAGUUCAUCACAAGAUGACGAUGAUGAUGAUAAUAAUGAUAACUGUGAACGUGACUUCAAUAAUCAGACACCAAUACUGUCAUCAUACUAAAUGAAAACACUUGUACAGCUCUGUUACCUGGGGAAGAAACAGUUUGGUAAAACUGAAGCAAACUAGUUAUGCAACAUGUUUACAUAUCUAUUUGUACAUGGUACUUGCUAUGUAUGGGUAAAUGUUGAAGUUACUUCAUAGAUAU